GCCCACCCUUUGACCUGUUUUCCCUAUCGAAAAUCUGAGGAAUUUCGGAUACCAAUUUUAGUAUUUCUCAGCAAAGUCAGCUCAUCUGAAGGGAUGCAGAGGUCAAACAAGAGAAUUAAGCAGGAAGACAGUAAUCAUAGCACCACUAAUAGCAGCUCCAUGACGGCGGCGCUUCCAUCUCCUCCGCCGCGGCUAACCAGUGAACAGGAAGCUUCUGUGAUGGUUGCUGCCCUGAAGAACGUCAUAACCGGUGCUUCUUGUUCGGAGAACGCCGCACAAGAUUUCCAGUUCUCGUCACAUUUCGGUCGUGGUGGCGCUUCCGGUGAUGGGUUUUUCCCUGUUUCUGGAGAUAUGGAGACUUGCCGGUUCUGUGGAAUAAAGGGGUGUUUGGGGUGUAAUUUCUUUGAUGAGGAGAAGAAGAGUAGUGAUAAAAAUGUCUCCGAGUCGGCGGCUGAGGGGAAGAAGAGGAAGAAGAAGAACUACAGAGGUGUUAGGCAGCGGCCGUGGGGCAAAUGGGCUGCGGAGAUAAGGGACCCCCGCAAGGCGGCGCGUGUGUGGCUAGGGACAUUCGAGACUGCCGAGGACGCGGCGCGCGCUUAUGAUAGGGCGGCGAUCGAGUUCCGCGGCCCUCGAGCCAAGCUCAACUUUCCGUUCUCCGAUUACACCUACUCCUCCCCUUCCGCCGCCGUGACUACAGUGGCGAGUUCGUCUUUUCAGCCGCAGGAAAACGUGAUCGAGUUGCAGAAGAAGAAACACCAAGAAAAUGAAGAUAUGCUGAAACUUGGGACGACGAGUAUUGACAAAAAUCAGAAAGAUAUUUGGGAUUUGACGAUCGGAGAAGAUGAAAUUGAACAGUGGAUGAUGACGAUGGAUUUCAACAACGGCGAUUCAUCGGAUUCUGCCAAUGGCGGGAACGUUCUCAGUGUAUAACGUAAUAACAAAAAUUCCUUUUUCUGUUUUUUCACAGGGGUUGCUCAUUUUGGAAUUUUUUAAUUCAAAUUUGAGCUUCUUCUCUGUUUAAUUUUAGUAAGUCCGCCCAAAUUUUCUAGUAAAAAAUGAUAUUGUAUCUCGUAUUUCACUUAA